UAUUUUUAUCGAGUUGCGACAUGCUACGUAUUUAGAAUAAGUUGAUGUAACUGACAGUAGAUAGUUCAGUACAUUCACAAAUUCCACAGUCGUAACAACAAUAGAUGUUUCACAGUAUUAUAAAAGUUCUAAUAUUGAUCGAGGAAGAGGUUUGGAUAUAGUUUGAAAUUGUUAAAGUUAAGUGGAAUAGUUUUCAACAUGCUUCUGGUGAUGUAUUUAACGUGCUUUUUGACAAUCAAUCGCUUGCUUAUCCAGGCAUCAUCAAUUAUCACAAAGGAUAUGAUAGUGAGUGCUGGUGGUCGCGGUUUUAGAUUUGGCAGACAUAUGACUGAAUACCAUAACAAUAACAUAUCAAAUAAUACUUCAAAAACUUCAGAGCAGUUGCCUGAGAAGAAUUCUCUCAGGAACAGUCCAGUGAAGAUCUUUCAACCAGUUUUUGUACAUUCUAAUGAUACACGUGAUCAACUACCUGAUUAUUUGUUGAGAAGCUAUGAACCUAGCAGUAAAAAGAGUAUUAGAAAUAGGAAGGCAGAAUUCAUUACAAGAUUACGUCCUGUCAAGAAUGAUUCGAAUGGUUUUGAAAAAUAUACUAAUAGUAGUGAAGAAUUAGAUGGGAACCCUAGAGGUGUUGGAAAAAGUUAUAGUACAUCUUUAAGAGACAGUGUUAACAACUCGCAGUCUAAUGACUCCUCCUCAUCAGUUAAAAAUAAUUCUUCAUGUAGUCGGAUCAAGUGUGAGAAUAUUUCAGAUGUAAGCAACGAUUACAAAUCCAAUAAUGCAAUUAAAAAAGACACUGUAAACGAUUUUGAGCUUAACUCCAAUUUGGAUACUCUUUCCCAGUUAUCAAAGAAUCAUCCAUUAAUUGGAGUUGAUUUGAAGCCCAUUGAAAAUAAUAACUUUGAAUCAUUACAAGAACGGUUGAUGAAUAUGAAUGUUCCUAAUUUACAUAAUUUGCAAAAUGAGAAUUCAAAUAUAAUUGAGCUUCUCUAUAACUUCAUCAGUUAUCUUAACAGAAUUGAAUCCUUUAAAAUGACGGAUGAGGGAGUUUUUAGUUUUCAUGAUCAGAAAAUUGGAUGUGCUCAUAAUGACGAAAAGUUUCAUUCUUCAUCUGUGGUGAAAGGCCCUUGUGGUGCUCAGCAAGGAUCAAAUAUUGAUACAGUACAACCUACAGGAGACAGCAGAAGCAGGCGAAUUGUCGGACGGAAACCGUUGCUGCAGCAAGCGACUGCCAACGAGCUGCUUCUGAAAUUGAAGUUGCUUCUGAUGCUACCAGCAACUGCGCUGACCAGUCUAUUGGCCCUCGCGCUGCUAACGUCGGGCAGUGCUCUCUCUCUCUCCAGCCUAGCUCUCUCCUUGUUGCUCUCACUGGCCGCCGGACACCGCGAAAUAACGCAGCGGCCUCACGCGACCAGCCGCGUCCAGCCUGAACCUGAGCAGUAUGCGUUUUAUAUGCGUUAGUAACAUGCCAUGGAAUCGAUCAUCGUUAUUGCAAAACGAUGAAAGUGAAAAGAACCAUGAAACUCAUUGAACACUUCUUGGAGACGAUUUCUCAGACUUUUGUAGAACUUAAUAAUACAAAAAGAUUGAAUUUCCCUCCCCCCUGAGUUUAACCCAGUUCUGUGCAACUCUCCUGAAAGAGAAUCAGAAAUGCACUUUUCCUUCAAAGGGAAAAGUGAUACAUUUAUUGAAAUGAGUUCAAACUCAUUGAACACUUUUUGGAGACGAUUUCUCAGAUGUUUUGUAGAACUUAAUAACACAAAAAAUUUAGUUUCCCCCUGAGUUUAACCAAGUUCAGUGCAACUCUCCUGAUAGAAAAUCAGAAAUGCACUUUUCCUUUACAGGGAAAAGUGAUACAUUUAUAAUUAUUUUUUAACGAAAAUCCUAAAUAAAUGCUGCAAAUCACCCCGAAGACUUCUGCAACUGCAAACAUUGACA